AUGUACACACGUACGAAAUCCGUCGUGACCGGCUGCAAGUCCUCUGGGACAACGUCGAAGCCGCUUAUUCCACAUGUGCUGAUGCACUGCAUCAAGACGGCGACAGUGAAGGCACACAGGCGAUGGAGCCAAAGUACGAUCACUGCUAUGCAGUGUACGAGCGGUGUCUCGCCCGUGUUAAGGGGCAAAUUACCCAGGUUUCCGGGUCCAGCAGGAGUGAAGCAUCCGUUCCUCCUGUUGACUCCGGUCGAGAAACUUUUCCAUCUGAAUUCGAAGACCGCAGAUGAGGCCAAUGAAAUAGUAGCCAAAUUUCCGCUGACGAACGAUGGUUUCGCGUCGGCUUGGGGUGCUCUCUGCGAACGGUUUGAGAACAAGCGCUUGUUGAUCACAAGCCAGUUGAAGAUCCUAUUUAACCUGUCCACGGUUACCCAAGAGUCGGGAGCAGCUAUCAAGGAGCUGCAGAGCACGAUUCAGCGUUGCUUGACCGCUCUUGAGCAUUCAGACAUUUCCGUCUGUGGCCCGUUCGCAGAUUGCAUCCUUGUUUUCCUCUGCUCGUCCAAACUUCCCAAGCUCACACUCUCGUUGUGGGAGCAAUCGUUGGUGGACAAAGCGAAAAUUCCCGCAUGGCAGGAUAUGAGCACGUUCCUCAAUGAGCGCUACCGUACGCUCGAAGCGAUUGAGGACGUAAAGCAGACUGCCAAUUCACAGAUCGCGACUGCAGGACCAUCCCGUCCGCAGAAUUCGAAGCGAGUCAACUCCUUUGAGGCCCGAGUCACUCCGAAAAGCAAAUCGUGUGACUUGUGCUCAAAGGAGAAUCACCCUGUCCGGUCCACUCCAAAUCCAACGGCAACAAAUGUGCAGAAUUUCUUUGCUAAUAACGCUCAGAAUGUCCUUCUCGGCACGGCGGUCAUCAAUGUUUGCCACUUGGGCACUACAUAUACCGCACGUGCGUUAAUUGAUUCCGGGUCCGAAGCGACUUUCAUUUCUGAGCGUUUGUUCCAACGCAUUAAGUUGCCUUUCCAGUCCGUGCGAGCCCAGGUAUCCGGGCUAAAUCACGCAGUUGCGGCCCAAUCGCAGAAGUUAUGUCACUUCAGCAUUGGUUCUCCGACGAAGCCGAGGCUCCAUAUCGAGACUUCGGCAUUCGUAAUUCCACAGUUGGCAGGCAAACUGCCCUCCUUCAACAUGCCGCGAACUUUCCUCAAGGAUCUACCAGCGAUAGAACUGGCAGAUCCACAUUUCUACAAGAGCGCUCAGAUCGAUGUACUAAUUGGCGCGGAUAUCCUUCCGUCGGUCAUCUUGAGCGGCUCCCGGCCAAACAUUUGUGGCUCACUCCUUGGGCUGGAAACCGUGUUUGGCUGGAUUCUUACCGGCCCCGUCUCCCAGAGUAUGUCGACAACUGUUUCUGCGUUUUCGACAAGAGUCGCCCUCCAAGCAGACGAACAGCUCGACAGCCUACUUUCCAAAUUUUGGGAGGUGGAGGAUAUUCCAGCGAAGCUGAUAAAGGAGUCAGACUUCGUUUGCGAAGAAAACUUCGUUAAGACUACGUCUCGUAGCACAUGUGGCAGAUAUCGGGUGACUCUUCCUUUCCGGAAGCCCGAUGGCAUUGAACUGGGUCAUUCCAGAUCUAUAGCGUUGGCUCAAUUCCUCAAGAACGAGAAUCGUUUGUCAAGAAAUGAUUCUCUAAAGGAACAGUACAAUGCCGUUCUCCAGGAGUACGUGGACUUGGGUCAUAUGACACCCAUAUCGCCUCAGGCGAUUGUCACGACUCCUAAUUUCUACCUGCCUCACCACGCCGUGUUCAAACCUGAUAGCACCACAACGAAGGUGCGGGUCGUUUUCAACGCAUCUUGUCCAUCCUCAAAUGGCAAGAGUCUGAAUGAUAUCCUUCAUUCAGGGCCCAUUCUCCAAUCGGAUCUUACGUUACAGAUCCUCCGAUGGCGAUACUAUCGAUAUGUGUUCAAUGCGGACAUAACGAAGAUGUAUCGCCAGAUCCUCAUGGACUCAAAGCACACACCGUUCCAACGAAUUCUGUUCCGCACGUCGGACGGUGAGAUCCGUGUCUUUGAGUUGAACACAGUGACAUUCGGUGUCAACUGUGCGCCUUUCCUGUCUCUACGAGUCCUCCAGCAACUUGCUGAUGACACACGCUUGGAGUAUCCUCUCGCAAGCCGAGUCAUCUCCAACAACAUGUACGUGGACGACGUCCUAGCGGGGACACACACGAAAGAAGAGGCCAUCCGGACCAUCGCGGAAGUGUGUGCAGCCCUGGACAGCGCUGGCUUCAAGCUGAGGAAGUGGACGUCGAACCAUAAGAGCGUGCUGAAGGACAUUCCAAAGGACCAUCUACUUCGAGAAGAUUUCCUCGAACUCGAAGAUUCCAGUACGGCGAAAACUCUGGGCAUCAGGUGGCAAGCUCACGAUGACGAGUUCUUCUUCAUGCCACCAGAAGUUGCCCAUCAGGACUCCUACACGAAGAGGGAAGUGCUUUCGCAAAUCGCUAAGCUUUUCGACCCAGCCGGGUGGCUGGCCCCUUUCGUUAUCCGAGCCAAGAUCUUCAUGCAGGAGAUCUGGCUGAGAACGCUCGAAUGGGACGAACAUUUACCCAUGGAUCUUUCACUCCAAUGGAAGGAAUCCGAUUCCAAGAUGGGUCCAAUUCAGACACGAGUGAAGCUCCAGUACCACGGAUUCUGUGAUGCGUCAGAACGGGCGUAUGGAGCAGCGAUCUAUGUCCGUGUGGAAACGGCGAACAAGGUUUUCACACAUCUCCUUACUGCGAAGACAAAGGUGGCUCCGGUCAAGUCUCUCUCAGUGCCACGUCUGGAGCUUUGUGGCGCAGUCCUGUUGGCUGAGUUAUCUGCAGCCCUCCUCCUGAAUCUGCCAGCAGAAAGUUUCCAGACUUUCUUUUGGACCGACUCAACAAUUGUUCUCGCCUGGUUGAACAAGCCACCCUGCCGAUGGACAACCUUUGUGGCCAAUCGAGUGGCCAAGAUUGUCCAAGCCAGCGACGCCAAGAACUGGUCGCAUGUGCGAUCCGAGCACAAUCCGGCAGAUCUGGCAAGCCGUGGUGUCCUGCCACAAGAAUUGGUUCGUAAUCCGUUGUGGUGGCAUGGACCAGAGUGGCUUCAUCUCCCGUCGGAUCAAUGGCCAACUUCUCCAAGUCCCAUUCCGGAGACUCUGCUGGAGCAGCGGAUUAAGUGCAACGUCGCUAAGUCACCUCCGACUCCCGACUUCCUGAUCAGGUUCUCUGAGUUUGGCAGGGCACUGCGCACGUCUGCCUAUGUUCUCCGAUUCAUCGAUAGGAGUCGGAAGUUGGCAAUUCCAAGCUCUACCGUGGUCCAGGCGGAUGAGCUGUCACGGAUCCAAGAGCGGCUAAUCGUCAUGGUUCAACUACACACUUUUCCUCAGGAAUACCAUUGUCUGCAGUCCAAGCAGCAGGUCCCUUCCUCAAGUUCAAUCCGAAACUUGAACCCUUUCCUCGAUGGCAAGGGGAUUCUACGGGCCUGUGGGCGUCUGAGGGCGUCCCACUCGCUGCGUUAUGAUGAGAGUCAUCCAAUAAUCCUCUCGUAUUCCUCGUCCUUUGCACGACUACUGGUUCGUUUCACCCAUCGUAUAUCCUUACAUGGGGGUAACCAAGUCGUCAUGCGGCUGAUCCGUUCCAGAUUCUGGAUUCCAAAAUUGAAGGUCCUCGUUAAAUCCACCAUCAACUCCUGCAAGGUUUGCGUCAUCUACAAGAAGAAAUGA